GGCUUCCAUUCCUGUGUUUUACGCGCUCCAUUAUUUGAAAUAAAAUAACAUUAAUGACAUUCAAUACAGCUGCAAUUGCGGGUCUGAAAUGUAAAUCAGAACCGUCAUCUGUUACAGAUUGUUUUUCAGUGUUUCCCCAUGGUGAGCUCGUUAAAGAAAUCGGACGCAGGGCUGGAGUGAAAUGUAUCCGGGCACUUCUCCGAGCAUGGCCAACGAUAAUAAAAUUCAGUUUUGGAGGAGAAACGCCAAGGUUCCUGGGAGUUUGCAGCCCGUGUACGGAGCGCAGCACCCUCCUCUCGAUCCCAGAAUUCACCGCACGUUUCUUAAAGACGCUCCAAAGCCCAACACGCUGUCGAUAAAGUCCAAGAAGGCCUCGAGCUUCCACGAGUUCGCCCGUAGCACCAGCGACGCCUGGGACAUUGGGGAUGACGAGGACGAGGACUUCCUGGGCGCGGCCCGGCUGUCCUCCCCUCUCCCCGCGCUGCCUCCGGCCCCCCCGCCACCUCCCGCACCCCCGAACAGCCUCAGCCCCCCCGAGGCACCGCCCACAGACGCCCCCGGGGCGCCCCCGGAUCCAGAGGGGGGGCUGGACCAGGCCAAGAUCGACAGCAGGCCAGCCAAUGGGAGGGUGGUUAAGUCCUGCAGUGAGGCCCAGCUCAGCACUUCUAAAGUUCGAACGGCCAUCCAGAAGCAGCAGUCUCUCCCAAUCCGGCCCAUAAUCCCGCUGGUCGCCCGCAUCUCGGACCAGAAUGCCUCGGGGGCCCCACCCAUGACGGUGAGAGAGAAGAGCCGUCUGGAUAAGUUCCGGCAGCUGUUGGCGAGCUCCAACACGGACCUCGAGGAGCUGCGGAAGCUCAGCUGGUCUGGGAUACCACGGGAAGUGCGGCCCAUCACCUGGAGGCUCCUCUCGGGUUAUCUUCCUGCCAACAUGGAGAGGAGGGAUUUGGUUUUGAAGAGGAAGAGGGACGAGUAUUUUGGCUUCAUUGAGCAGUAUUACCACUCCAGGACAGACGAGCAUCACAGGGACACAUACAGACAGAUCCACAUCGACAUUCCCAGGACAAAUCCUCUGAUCCCCCUGUUCCAGCAGCCCUUGGUGCAGGAGGUGUUUGAAAGGAUCCUGUUCAUCUGGGCGAUCCGCCACCCUGCCAGUGGGUACGUUCAGGGCAUCAACGACCUGGUCACGCCGUUCUUCGUGGUCUUCCUCUCAGAGUUCGUGGAGGAGGACGUGGAGAACUUCGAGAUGGCCGCCCUGCCUCUGGAGACGCAGAGGAACAUCGAGGCGGACAGCUUCUGGUGCAUGAGCAAGCUGCUGGACGGAAUACAGGAUAACUACACCUUCGCCCAGCCGGGGAUCCAGAUUAAAGUGAAGGCCCUGGAGGAACUGGUCAGCAGGAUUGAUGAGGAUGUUCACAGCCACUUCCAGAGGUACGAGGUGGAGUACCUGCAGUUCGCCUUCCGCUGGAUGAACAACCUGCUGAUGAGGGAGCUGCCCCUGCGCUGCACUAUCCGCCUCUGGGACACUUACCAGGCAGAGGCAGAGGGGUUUUCCCACUUCCAUCUGUACGUCUGUGCUGCCUUCCUCAUCGAGUGGAGAAAGGAGAUCCUCUCCAUGGUGGACUUCCAGGGCCUCCUCAUGCUCCUGCAGAACCUUCCCACAAUACACUGGGGCAACGAGGAAGUCGGGCUGCUGCUGGCCGAAGCCUAUAGGCUGAAGUACAUGUUUGCCGACGCGCCCAACCACUACCGGAGAUAAGUCUGGCCUUCGCUGCCGGACCGAACCCUCCGCACGGACAGACGCAGGGACACCGAGACUGAGAAACAGCCGUCGAACACGCUCAGCUGUGAAACGGAUCCUCCUUCCUGUUACUAAAUCAACUCGCUGCACACACGCGAUGCAUACACAAGCGCACGUGCAGAUAAACACACACAGUACUGACAGACGCACAGUCAAACAGGAAACAGGAAACCAGAUGCGUAAAUACACGGAGGCCCGGGGCCCCCCAUUUUACCUGAUUCUUCACUCCUCCCCUCCCCUGGUUUAUGGGUGGAAAGAUAUUUGUGACCGAUUCCCCGGACCUGUAGUUCAUUUCUCAGAGAGCCAUGGAAGCUCAGCCAGUUUGUCUGUUACAGUUAAUUUUGGAGAAGUCGAAAGGCGGUCUUUACACGGUCAGCUGACCGGGAGAGGCGGGGCUGCGGCUUCAUGAACCCCUUAAUGAGUGACGGUUGUGCCCCGUCAUCGUCCAUUUGAACCAAUCAGUGUUCAGCCACAGAGAGCAGAGGGGCCUGUUAGCCAAUGGCUGCACAGCAGUGUUCUUGGAGUCCCCGUUUGCUUCUCGACCCAAAAAAAGGAAACCCAAUAGACUCGUGUGGGGGGGGGAAAAAAAAAAACUGCUGAAAUCUUCAGGAAAAGACGUUUUCAGGCAAAGUGAUGUCAUAUCAGUGUGCACUCCGAAGACGGCCAUUUUAACGCACUCCGUGUUGGAUGUCGUAUCUCCGCUGGCGUGCGUGCGGCCGCUAAGCUGAGACUGUCAGAGAGGUGUGGAGAGUGUACCGUGUGUGCGGUCAGGAGCGGGGUGUGGCUGUGUGGGUGGGGAAUGAGCGGAGAGGAGAUGGAGCCCUCUCCCCUGCGAGACUGCCCUGUGUCCGCCCCGUCUCGGUUCAGUGUGUGAAUGUAACCGCCACCUUCGCCAUUCUCAAAAUGGUACGCAAGAGACUCUUUCAGAGUUAAAAAAAUAUUAAUAAUAAUUAUUUUGGUUUUGGGGUUAUAUUCUAAUGAUUUUUAUUUUUUUACCUUUAUUUUCCUUAUAAUGUGUGUAUUAGAUAAUUAGAUAAACUAUUAUAAUUAAAAUGUGUGUGGGUAUUUAACCACUUAUACAUAGAACAUAGUAUAUAUAGUAUGAGAGAGCGAGUGAUUGAGUUCUGCAAUGCUGCAGAGAAGGUAAAAUUAAACAAUGCAAUUCAGUGGGAAAAAAAACCAUCUGUGGUCCAUGACAGAGGAGGCUGAAUUGGCACUAACACCAGUGGACCCUUUUCUGCGCUCGUGAGAAACCGAGAAGAUGUGAAUGUGCGAAUAGAGGGUUGUGGGUAAUAGACAGUGUGAGUUUAAUUUAAUAUCAUCUUCCCCCUUGGAAGCAAUGUGCAACACAUGGGCUAGUCAUACCCCCUCAGUGUACAGAGUUUCUGCGUGGUGCUGGGUUAUAAAGGGAUUCUGGUGGAGAGAGAGGCUCUGGUGCACUGGGGCUGAGGACACGUUCUUUAGGACUCUCGUAGAAGGUCCAGUCUCCGUCAUGUUCAGUGCCGAACUUUGCUAUCUUGGAUCUCCUUGUGUGAAACUCGAAUCCAGGCUUGCCCUAAUGACUGUAGAGCAGGGCUGCCCAACCCUGUUCCUGGAGAUCUACUGUCCUGUAGGUUUUUACCUCCAACCCUAACACAGCACACCUCAUUCUGCAGCUAGUGAUCUCAUUUAUGUUCUGUAGUAGAAUCCGGUGCGCUAAUUUAGGGUUGAACUGCGUUGAAAUGUGAUGAAACCUACAGGAGGGUAGAUCUCCAGGAACUGGGUUGGGCGGCCCUGCAGUAGACCAUUAUUGGUCCCCCUCCCCUCUCACUGAGCCUCUUCAAUCACAUGACACAUUCCCUUACAAAAACAGGUCCCCAGCCUGGGCCUUGGUCAAUUUACAGUGUUAAAUUGCUUCGUAAGCUCAUGGUCUAAGUGGGGGUGUUUAAAUGACAUCAUCGGGGUACGUCAUCGAGAGACGGCCUGCCUCGGCUUUGAUGAACACUUCCUCCGAAUGAAAGGCGCGCCCGUUAAUGGACCCUAAUGGACCAAUGCGAAAUUGUUUACCACUGUUAAAAACUAAAGUUUGGUUAUGUAUGUUCUAGCAUGUAUUGCAGUACAUGUUAUGUGUGGUAUUUGGAGAAAAGCCUUGAACUUCGGUUCCUGAUAGUGACACAGAACUAGCAGGAACUAACUUUCUCCACUUUGUGCUCUGGUGUUGUGGCCUCGUUUGGGCAGCUGAGCCAGGGGAGCUGAAGUCCUUUUUGUCCAUGACAGAUAAUUUAAAAAGUACAGCUGGAACAUAAUUAGUUUGGAAACGGGUACAUGAGUACAGGCUACACCUCUGCCCUCUCUCUCCGUUUGCUGCAACGCCAGGACUCCCGCUCUUGUACACUGUACACCUCCUAACAACAUUAUCACUAAAGCACCACUCAAAUACAGCAAAGAGCCUGUUUAACUCACUCAAUCCCGACUUAAUUACACCUAUACACAUCCGUAAAGUGGCAUUCAACAGCGCCAAUAACACACUGUAACGGUGGCAGUGGGCUCGGUCCUCUGAUUCUCUAAUCAAGUGAUAGCAGAUAUAAAUUCUUAAAAUGGCAGUAAUAUCGUUCCCGCUCCAUCCUAAGAGGAAACCCCGGUGUAUCUGUUCUUUCAUUUGGAUGUUUUCAAAUUCUUAUAUCAGAAAACAUUGGGCUGGUGCAUUUGUUCAUUUACUACAGUAACUAUUGUAACAGUCUUGCUUGUUUUUCAUUAAACAAUUCAGCGAUUGCACCUGCUGCCACUGACACAUUCAGUAUUUUCAAAGGUUAGUUCAUGGAGCUAAAUAGUGUUGAAUUUGAAUACAUCUUUGUUUGUAUUGACUGAUUUUGUUUCUGUCAGAUCUUGCUCAGAGGAUCUGUCUAGGAGACUGGUAGUGCGUGAGAGUUCCCCUUCCUUUUUCAGUUUGGGGACCAUGUACAAACUGAACUAUUUUAAUGGGAGAGUAGCAAACUGUUCUCUCAUUGUCACUGUUGGGCCGCUGUGAUUGGAUAAUCAUUUGGACCAAUGCCGAAUAGCCACUCGACAGAGGUGAUCCAUGAACUCUGUACAACACACACUUCCCUUGUACUUCUCACCCUUAGAAUGAGUCAAAAAUGACCCCAUUAUCCAAGUGAAAAAUCGAUGAAACCCCUUUACACGUAAUGUUAAGCGAAUAACGUGCAUUUAAAGAGGUGCUUUACCGUCUGUUUUAUGAGCAGUUUUUUUGCAUAAAACCGAAGUUAUCCUUGUAGUUGUCAGUACUGAUGGAGGGGAACUCUAAAUCAGCCUCUCUGGUGAUAUCGAGGCAGCUGAAUACCCUACUUCACCUUAGCCAUGUUCCUGUACCACUCUAGCACUGCCUUUGUAGCAGCUCUUUUUCAGCCUGAGAAAGAAACUGCUCAACAGUGCUGUCCAUGUCUGUGUGUUGAGGUCAGUAUUUUUUACUUUUUUAUUUAUUUUUUUGUCUGUUUAGUUUUAUGUUCCUGUGUACGCUUCAGGUGGUUGGGAUGCUGGGCAGUGUUGUGUCGCAGUUAACUUUCAUCAGUCAACUCAUUUCGGCAAUGAUGGUGCAUUUUCUGGAGAAUGCCAUUUUGCUUGUAUGACUCAUGCUGUUGUGAUCAACUGAUGUUUUUUUGUUGGCCAAAAUGGGGUAAUGGUACUAAUAACAUUUAACAAGCAGUGGGUUGGAAAUGUGUGUUAUUUUCAUUUUCAUUUCUGGGUUGAUAUUCAUAAAGGUCUUUUUUUUUAAUCAGGGUUUGUAAUUGCUGUUUUAGCAGAAUACUUAUGGGGGGGGGCAAUGCAAUAAUAGCAUCCCUAUUUUAACACGUUUAAAAUGAUUACGCAUAAAAAAUAAAAAACAAUACAGUGACAGUGAAUGUGACUAUAUGUACCGGUUGUAAUCCCACGGUGCCCAGAGGUGUCGUGUUGUAGAGAGAACCACUCAGAAACGCACUGCAUUUGGGCCCAUUAUUUUACUUAAAACAAAUCUGAGCUGAUUACAUUUUUGUUGUAGGAAGAGUAGUAGCUAAAUCACAGACCAUUUUAUACUGAAUAUUAUUUUUGCUGUACGGGUAGGAGAGCUUGUUCAUCAUAGGUGAACAGCACAGUAAUACGUGGGUAUUUUAAUGAAUAAAUAAGGUCCCUUCGCCUCACCAUUGAAAGUAAUGCACCUCAGAUCCAUCAUAGCCUGUUGUUUUUAAUAAUAAGCAGGAGAGGUAGAAAAUGUUGAUGCCCAAGCCCUUAACCCUUUAAGGCGUAAGAUCAAAUAUGAUUUGAAUGUUCUCCUUAACUGAACGUUCUCAUUCUGGUGUCACAAUCACGACUGGCAACGGAAAGCAAUGGACUUCUAGAACAGUGACUUAGAAUUUUUAAAACAUUUCAAGCAUUCCAACAGACCGUGCAGAGGGUUGAGGCAGAUGGAAUGUGGGGCUUCCGAUGGAAGAAGUGGACACGCAGAGUACUCAGGCCCAGGGAUCAGUUGUGCGAGGGAGGAGCUUGCGUGGGAUUUGUGCAUGCGGUUCGCCUCUGCGGUCUGACAUUGAGAGCGCCAGCCCCAGUCCUCCAGUCCUCAGAACUCGGUACAGAAACUUUUAGAGCCACCUUCUUGAGAAAGUUUUCCUCCUGAAUGUAAACCACAAACGUAGUGUCUUCUUCCUCUCUUUUUCAAGGACAAUGCUUGCGCUGGCAGAAAAUGUAGAUCUCGAGGCACGGAUGUUGAGGAGUGGAUGUGUUAAACGGGCCCAACUUUUUUUUUAUGUGAGUGUGUAGUUGAGUGUUCAUUUUUCUGCAUUAUGCAGGUUUUUGGUUUGUUUGUUCUCCCCUCCAAACAAUACAAUCAAGAAACUUUCAUUGCUUCCAGUUUUGGCACUGUUACAUUCAGAAGCAUGGUUGAUGAGGUGCUCUAUGUACAGUAUUUAACAAUAUUUCACAUUCGCCAAACAUCAUAUCCAAAAAACAGAGCAUUAUGGUGCAACACUUGUGCGUCCCAGCUGGAAGACUAUCAUUAGCUAUUUGCCCAGAAUUGAUAGGGUAGCACUUUAGCCCGAUGUCACACCUGCUCACAGGUGAAAUGAAGCGUUUCAUGUUGAAGUCCCACAGGCGCUGAGGCGGGAAGCUUAGCUGCUGCACGGUGAUCGGUCUGUGUGGAGAGGACAUGAAGGUUAAAGUGUGGAUGUAAGGGGGAAGGCCUGCUGUAAUGAUAACAUCGCGUGUUUGACGUGGAUGUGAUUGUGUUUGACGUGGAUGUGAUUGUGUUUGACGUGGAUGUGAUUGUGUUUGACGUGGAUGCGAUUGUGUUUGACGUGGAUGAGAUUGUGUUUGACGUGGAUGUGGUUGUGUUUGACAUGGAUGAGAUUGUGUUUGACGUGGAUGAGAUUGUGUUUGACGUGGAUGCGAUUGUGUUUGACGUAGAUGAGAUUGUGUUUGACGUGGAUGCGAUUGUGUUUGACGUGGAUGCGAUUGUGUUUGACAUGGAUGCGAUUGUGUUUGACGUGGAUGCGAUUGUUUGACUUGGAUGUGAUUGUGUUUGACGUGGAUGUGGUUGUGUUUGACAUGGAUGUGGUUGUGUUUGACGUGGAUGUGAUUGUGUUUGACGUGGAUGCGAUUGUGUUUGACGUGGAUGCGAUUGGGUUUGACAUGGAUGUGGUUGCUUUCCGAAGGUGUUCAUGACCAGACUGGAUUUAUUUUUUCUUCUGCUUCAAACAUGAUGCGUUAUAUAUUUUUUGGUAACCUGCUUUAAAUCAAUAUUAAUGUCUGUCUGUGAUGUCCGGUCACAGACCACCGUUCUUACAUUCAACAUGUUUCAGGACUGGAGUUAAUACAGGGACAUUGUGUUUAAGAGAAUUCCAUAUGUCACUGUCCAAGGGCACGUCAAUCCCCUGAUCGAUAUAAAAACCACAGAGUUCACUGUGGCCUUCUGGGAUUUCUUCACCGAUAUGACUCAAGGUCAGGGUUGCAUCCUUGUGUGUUGAUUGGUUUAUCUGUUGUCACCUCACCCUCUUCCUGUUUCUUGUCAGGUUUACCUUUCAGCACUUGUCCAGUAUCGUGGGAAUUUGAACAGGCAUCCAACAGUGUAUUCUCAACCAUCAUUUCACAUGAUAAUGUACUAAAUAAAUAUUUGCCUUUAAUCUAGAAUUAGACAUGGUGCUUUCUCCUGCAAAUGCUUGCUUUUGGUUGUUUUAUCUUGGUUCUUUUUGCACUGUAAUCUUUAUUUAGUUUUUCUUAUUUUUGUUAGUUUUGUUUUGAUUGUCACUCCAUUGAGUUUCAGCUCUGUGAGCGAUUUUCUGAAGGCUGGGGGCAUGUGAAGGUACACAGACAGACUGCUAAAACAGCUGUGAACUCACUGUACUGUUUUAUUUAAAAUACUGUUUUAUUUGUUUAUUUGGGGGUUUGUACUCGUUUUGUUCUUUCGUUUAACUGUGGAGAAAUGCCAAACUAUUCCAGCCAUGUCAUUGGUUUCGUCUGCUUCAUGCUUCUGUGGGCAGUCUUUAAGCCUUAAAGGAAGAGAGAUAAUGGCUAUCUGCUGUAUAUUUAACUCUUUUGUUUAUAUUAAACUAUUGGGUCCAUUUCA